AGGAUCAAUCGUUCAACGUCGUAUCGAGGCGUUGUCGUCGCAGUCAUUAUCAUUCUGCAUCUUUGUAUUGACGCCACGGCACCGUUCUCUCCACAGCCGCCAUCAUGAUCACACGAUUCCUCACCGAAGUCCGCGUCGCAUUCAACCCCUUCAAUCCCCGCUCGAAGCCCGCGCGGUUGUUCCUCUCGCUCAUUCCCUCCGAUGCACGCUCUAACGGCUUGCUUGUUCAGUCGACAAUGUUGCCCCGGACAAGCAAGCAAAACGCUACAUUAGGCGUAAAGUUCAAGGAUGGCAAGGAGAUGAACCUCGAUCUUAGCAACAUGCGGAUAACAGAAGUCAUGGAGGAAGUCGACCGACAUUCACGAACGCUCGCUCGAAAAGAGGAAUUGUCAGGCAACUAAUAUAUCCAACAUUAGUAUGAAGACCACAGGCAGAAACGAGGGCAAUUGACGCGUAGGACUGAGAAGUUUCGAAAAAGUGGGCAGGCGAGAUGCAUGAUGCCCUGCACGAAGCGAAUGAAAUAACGUC